AUUUCCUGUUGUUGAGUGUUCUCACUCGGCCUCCCAGGUUACUGCCUCGACUUUGAUGCAUUCCCGGCGGCCGCAAAAUUUUACCGAGGGCCUAGAUGCCCGGGGUUGUGAGGACGUGCCUGUGCCUGUGCCUGCGGCUGGAUAUGGAAUGCCAGCAAGACCAUGGGACUGCACCGAUCCCUGGGCAUCCGAGAGCCGAUACCGGGCUCCAGUAACUGGGCCGUGGGGGGAAAGGCAAGCGCCGGCGGUGGCAGCACCAGCCAGCGAUGUGGCGGCUGCUCCAGAAACAGCGGCUGGAUCCACUGAUCAGUUAAAUAGAUUUGCAGGGUUUGGUGUUGGGCUCGCAAGUCUCUUCACAGAAAAUGUGUUGGCUCAUCCCUGUAUUGUUUUUCGGCGUCAGUGCCAGGUCAAUUAUCAUGCAAAAAGUUAUCAUCUUACUCCUUUCACUGUUGUAAAUAUUAUGUAUCAUUUCAGCAAAACUCAGGGAAUAAAAGGAUUAUGGAAAGGGAUGGGAAGCACAUUUAUAGUUCAAGGAAUAGCAUUGGGUACUGAAGGCAUUAUCAGUGAAUUUACUCCACUUCCCAGAGAGGUUUCCCAUAAAUGGAGUCCGAAACAAAUAGCUGGUCAUCUUGUACUGAAAGGGCUGACCUGCGUAGUGGCAUUGCCUUUUUACUCGGCUAGUUUAAUUGAGACUGUGCAGAGUGAAAUCAUAAGAGACAAUCCAGGAAUACUGGAUUGUGUGAAAGAAGGUAUAUGCAGACUGGUGGGAAUGGGUGUCCCUCAUAGCAAACGCCUGCUUCCACUAGGAGUUCUAGUCUUUCCAACUGUCUUGCAUGGUGUGCUCCAUUACAUCAUCAGUGCCAUCAUCCAGAAAUUUAUUCUGUUUCUUCUUCAGAAAAAGACACCACAUCAGCACCCAGCUGAUACUUGUAAUUCUGUACAAACUGUGCUGGAUGCUUACUAUCCUGAACUUAUUGCUAGUUUUGUUGCAAAUCUUUGUGCUGACAUUUUGGUUUACCCAUUGGAAACAGUACUUCACCGCCUACAUAUUCAAGGAACCCGGACCAUCAUUGACAACACAGACCUUGGGUUUGAAGUGCUUCCUAUAAACACGCAGUAUGAAGGAAUGAGGGACUGUAUUAAUGUAAUCCAGAAAGAAGAAGGCAUCUUUGGUUUCUAUAAAGGCUUUGGAGCAGUUAUAGUACAGUACACAUUGCACGCUGCUGUGCUACAGAUUACUAAAAUGAUAUAUUCUACAUUGUUGCAAAAUACAACCUAAUCAAGGAGUUUAAAUGUCAUUAUACAGUAAGUAACCCAUAGUCCAAGUUAUGAAUUUCUGUAGCGCAUGUUAGAAGCCCUGAAAUCAAAUGCACUCAGUUGCUAAACUUAAAUUAUUAACUUGGUGGACACUUUGUUUUAAAACUCAAAAUAAAUGUUUGUGAAAUUGUAAA